GAGUUUCUGAAACAGGUCUGGAAGAAUCAAAUUAGCUUUCUUAGGUAACGGUAUUAAAGAUCAAUCAAGAAAUUCCCAUCUUCACUCAUGUCUUCAUUGAUUCGAGGUUCUUAAUAAAGAUAAUCAAUGGCAUCAAAAGGUCUUGGUAAAGGACGGCAUAAGAAAGUUAAUAAAGGAACUGAUAAUCUUUCUGCAGGUCAAUAUACACCACCACCACCACCAGUUGUUACCACAACUCUUCAACAAGCUACUACAAAUAUUCUUCCUCCUCCAAGGGCAAAUAUUUCACUACCAAAUGCAUUUUUCAUGCCUCCACCGCCCCAUCAGUUCCAGCCCUGUUCUCCCCACAGUAGUCUACAUAGUAGCUCUUCAUCUGUACCUUCAAUAUCAUCCACACCUAGCCUUUCUGGAUUGAGAAUUAGAGGUGCUAUAACAUCAACGUGGCCAUCCAUUGAUAGUGCUACAACAUCUAAUGCUACAACAGCUGCUUCCCAAUUUUCAAAAUUUAAAGAGGUAGUAGAAUAUGACGGCAACGGCAGACUAAUUAUCGCCCCUGAUGGUGGUAAUAGGUAAGUAAACCUUAUGUUUUUCUGUAAUUUUUGAAAUUUUUGAAAGGU